CUUGUGGCAUUCAGUUUGAAUUGAACAGGUUUGCUCGCAAGUCAGGAGCAAGUAUUUCAUUACAGACUCUGCACCAAGAUCAACAUAAGCCCCCAAAAGUGAAACUUUCCCUCAGCAGCUACGGAAACUGCCCUGGUGGACUGAGAUGCACUUCACAGGCUCCUCCUUUUCUCCUUGCUUUGACUUUCCCACCUCCUGCAAGCUCUCAUCCUCUGUUGGCAUUUGCAUAUUGGCGUAGCACUUGCAAGGGAAGAAAACCUCACUUCUCUCAGGAGGGAACCAGAGUAUUAUGGGAACUGAGCACUCAAAGAACGAGGGGCGAAGGAGCAUGGUUUUUCUUAGGAAAGGUCCAAAGUUGCCUGCAUGGGAAGACGCCCUUCUCUCAGGGAGAGAGCCCAAGUCACUGCUGAAACGGGGAUUGCGUUAUGUCAGCUUGAGCCUCAUAAUGAAAGGGAUGACCAACACGCCUGACUUCUUGUGGGGACUGCACGAGGUCCAGAAGCUGAACCUUUCACGCAACCAGUUGGUGGUGAUUCCUCCUUUGCUGGGGAAACUGGACAGGCUGGUAGUGCUGAACUUGGGGGGUAAUUGUCUCAAGAAUCUGCCUAAAGAAAUCGGGCUGCUGAGGAACCUGAAGGUCUUGUUUGUCAAUAUGAAUUGCCUGACAGAAGUGCCAGCAGAGCUCAGCUUAUGCAGGAAGCUGGAGGUUCUGAGCCUCUCGCACAACCGCAUCUCACAACUGCCUUUGAGCUUCACUGACCUGACAAGUUUGAGGAAAUUGAACCUCAGUAACAACCGCUUUGUGCAAAUUCCCCUCUGCAUUUUCGCACUGAGGAGCUUAGAUUUCUUGCACCUAGGGUCCAAUAGGCUGGAAAACAUCGCAGAGAGUAUCCAGUAUCUGGUCAAUCUGCAAAUCUUUAUUGUGGAGAAUAACAACAUACGCAGUCUGCCACGGUCUCUUUGCUACAUCACCACUCUAGAGUUACUAAACGUUGAUUACAAUGCCAUACAGACUCUCCCUGAUGACCUCUACCUUUUGCGCCGACUGCGCCGCAUUGCCUGGAACCCAAUGGAUAAAGGCUUCCAUGUCACCCACAACCCCUUGUCCCGGCCCCUGCCCGAGGUUGUCGAGGGGGGCCUGGAUGCCCUCUUCAGCUACCUCAGGGAGAAAAAGGAGCACAACUGAGCUUCUGCUGAUCUUGGGAUUAAGCCUGUCAUCAAGACUCUCUCAUCAGAGACCUUUCUGCACAGGCAUUUCCACUUCAUAGCACUUGGAUUUCGAAGGCUGUGGAUGGCUUUAGUAACAGUUGGAGGAAAGCAAGUAAAGUAUGAUGGUCUUGAUUAAGUGUGUGAAGAGCAAACUUUCUAAAAAUAGCCACCUCUGUAAGCUUCAGUGUUAGUGUGUUUGGGUUUUUUUUAGAAAGAAACACAAAAACAAACUCGUGGUAAAAUGUUUAUUCUUCACUUGACAGAAACAAAUUAAGGCAGACUGCCAGACAGGCAGAAACAUGUAUUUGACAGCCAUUAGGUUGGAGAAACAUUAAUAUAAAUUGGAUUUACUAUAUGUGAUUGCAAUUGCAUUUUUAUUCCUGCUCACUUCUUCAUACACAGGUAGACCACUACAUAAACAAACACUGUCAUCUAAGUGAAUCUCAAGGAAAAUGUUUGCUUUUGGCAGUGAAUACAUCCUGAGCUAUAUUAGCUCACAGACAAUUUAUUACUGGUAAUAAUAUUUGUUGUUUACCAUUUGUUGUUUACCCCACAGCUGUGCUCUAGCCUCUAUAAAUUACAGGUAAAGAUUGCUGUUGAUGAGCUGAUAUUUCCCAGUUCUUUGGAAGAAGAUGUCAAACUUCGCAAAGCAGAGAAAAGACAGUGGGCUCUUCCCUCAAACGAAGGAUAGAGUUGCUCAUUGCUAGAUGUACAACUGCUCUCCAUUCCCUUUUCCGCCUCCCUUUAAUCAGAGCUGUGGAGUAACUUUACUCAGGAGGCAGUACAUCUCCUAAAGGUGAAAUAUUUCUUUCAGUAAAAGCAGCAUCAAACCAGUCAUCACCUUAAGUAAGAGCUUCAAAAACAAGUAGUUAUUUCUGUGAUUUUCCAUAUAAGCCAGUACCAUAAAGUCAGGUCUUAUGUGGUUUCUUAUAUUGAUCUUCUGUGAAUGUCCUUCAUCAAAGUUUUAUCUGGUAAUAAAGAGGCAGUAUGAAAGAGCUGUUAACAAUUUAUGCAACCUGGGUUUUUUUGUUCCCUGACACCAGUGUAAAACAGAAGCAGCUCUGUUGAAAUCGGUUGAGAUAAAUGCUUGUAAUAGCAGCACAGAAGAGGAAUGAGACUGUAAUUCUUGAGCUAAUUAAGAGUAUUCAAAGCCAUUUUUAAAGUGCUUCCUAUGUCAAAUCUCAGGAUUCAAUGAUUACUUUCUAAAAUAUAAUUUGCUUAAAAUUAUGGAAGGCUGUGAAAAGCUGAUCCUCCUUCUAGUGAAGUUAAAGGACAAGCCCUGGCUAAGGGAAAAGCUCCUCAGCAGAGAUAAGAGCAGCCUGAUAACAGCAGAAAAUUAUGUAAUUCACAGGUCCAUGCAAAUAAACACAGCACCUUUGGCAACGCUAACAUUAUGGGUUGGGUAUUGAAUGCUAGCAAUGAAGAAUGCUCACAGAAUAUUCCAUUCUGGGUCUGCCUGCCCUGAUACUUUGUUGUGUUGGACUGUUUUUUGUAUGGCCUGUCAUUUUAAUUGAGAAUUUCAGUGUUAGGCUCAGGAAUCACAGUAUCCACAUGUGCAGUCAAGAACAAAUCUCAUGUUUCUAGCAAACAUGAAACCUUUUUGAAGGGCACAUUUGCUCAAGCAUUAAGCAAACAAACAAAGCAAGAAAACAAAUACCACAGCACAGUUAUUUUAUGACUUUUUAUUUAAUGUAUGUUUCAAAUGCAAAGAUAUUUUAUGUGUAGCUUUACAUGUAUACAUUUCACCCAUGUGAUGAGAUUUAAAGCAAAGUUCCAAUUUAUUAGUGAACAAUGCGUUUAAUAAAUUAAUAUGUGAUUUCA